AUGGAUCCUCUUGUUAGCCCGGCCGACGUGUCAGUACAGGUAUCAGUUGCCUCUGACAGUCCGGUUGAGAAACCAUCUUUUGCAACUGAGCGUCGAGUAACUCCAUCAUGGACAGUCAGCCAGCUCAAAAUAAAGCUCGAAACUAUGACUGGGAUUCCUCCAGGCAGCCAGCGGUUAAUGUUAAAAUCCCCAGGACGCGAACACCAAUGGAUGGAUGGUGAAGAAAAAGCUAUUAGCCAGUGGGGAAUUGCAAAGGGCUGUGAGAUCGAGUAUGUUCUAACAGUGUAUCAGAUCCAUGACCAGCGCCCCGUGGCUGCGCGUCCAAACUACUCCGAUGUUUCGACGACUGAGAAGUUUGAACUCUCGGAUUCUACCUACGAGUCACUACCAAAUAGUGUUCUUGCAUGGAAGAAAGCUCAAAAACUUGGACGUUUUGAUCCAAAUGCUACAUCUCCAGAAGACAAAGCGAGACAACAGGUUCAGAAGGAUGCCAACGAAAUUAAAACCAAAGGGGAAAUACCCGAUGAUUUGGCACCGAUAUGGGUAGGUAUCGAACUUGACGAACCUACUGGUAAGAAUGAUGGUAGUGUGAACGGGGAGAGAUAUUUCACCUGCCCAAACAACUGCGGUGUUUUUGUCAAGCCAGAGAAAGUCGAGGUUGGCGACUACCCGCCACUGGGAUUGGAUUUGGACGAGGACAUGGAAGAGAUCUAA